AUGGCCCAGCCAUCGCCGUCCACCGCUCAGCAACCAACUCCUACCUCACCACCCUCCCAACAGUAUCCCACCUAUCCUCUUCCUAUCCCAUUCGAGAAGCAAGCCAAAGCGUUGCAGCUUUACAAGCAAUAUAAGUUGGAAAAGACUUUAAGCCAACAACCACAAUCUGCGACCAGCAACCACCACGGUUUUCAUCUCAACAUCCCAGCGCCUGCACCUCCACGUUCAACGACAUCUGUCGGCUCAUCGAGACACCACCGAGCUCUUUCGAUAUCGACCAGUGCCUACGAUGCAGUCACAGACCUGUCCUCGGUAGUCUCGUUCGACGAUAAUGAAAGCCCUACUUCGCGUGGCAGACCCGACGAAUUGAUGUCCUUCGACGGCAAGAAGAUUAAACAACGGAGGAGGAGCAAACUCAAUCCCACAAAGCGAGCAAAAGCUGCGUUAGUACGGUGGCUUGGUUCAUGUUGGGUCUGUCGCAGUCGCAGAGUUCCGUGUCCAUUAGAGCAUCACGACAUCAAGAGCCUCGAAGAAUUAUGGCAAGCCUCCGAAGGGCAGCGAGCGCCGCGUAAGACUAGCUCCUCUGGCUCGGAUACAUCCCAAGGGACUACAACUUUUACCGCGCCAAAGCAAGAGAACGCAUCCAAUGCUUCGCAAUCCGACGCCCUUGUCGGUAUUGGUGCAGAUCUGCUAGAGGACCUUGGUAAAUUUGAUACCACAUUGGAUAUCCAGUCGCCUGCCGAUGAGGAGCAACGCGCAAGAAUACCUGCGCCAGCUACGAUUAAUUUUGUGGCACCGAACUUGCAUGUCCUUGACCCUAGUCCCUACUCAUCUUAUCAGAAUGGACAAAUGGUUGCAAUUGGGGUAUAUCGCAACGGGUUGUUCUACUGUCAGCAUCUUGGUGGACUUUGCCAAGAGUAUUUCGACGACGCCGAGAUGCUUCAAAUCCAUUUUGAAUUUUUUCAUUUCGCAUUCACUCGAAUUGAUCCAGCAGUUCGGUAUAUCUGCUCAACAAGUAAUUGUCUGGUUAUGAAUGAGAAUCCCACUGGACCAUGUUACAAUUGUGGGACGCACAAUAGCAUUGAACCUUGGAUUUAUGGGCAUUAUAUCAAAGUCCCAUCAUUUCAACGCCAUGCUCCUGACGGCCAGCCAGUCCAAGGUUAUGAUGCUUUCCAACCUCCUUGGUCGUAUUCAUUUUCUAGCCCCAACUCACAAUGGGAUUCUGAUGUGAAUGGAAACUACACUGAUUUCAACGCACCGGGAAACUUCACAUUCAAUAACAAUAACGCAUAUGGCGGAAGCCCAUACGAUUACAAUGCAUCGCAGGAUUCCGACAAUGGCGGUGGUCAAUCGCCGGCAAAUAUGUUCGGAGGUACACGGUAUCUGUCUCUAGAUACCCACACUACUCCUCUCGUCUUGUCUGCCAAAGUGGAACAAAAGUGUCAACGUCAACUGUAUCUCGCCCUCGGCCUGUGCCUCGUAGUCUUUGCGACAAUUGGGCUGACACAUGAUUGGAUCCUUCCAAAGGCACGAACAGUCUUUCUUCCCGCUACCAUUGCUAUGAACUCCCAUCUUCCUCUGGUUGGGUUUUUUGGUAUCGUAGCUUCUUUCGCGACAAGUUUUUCGGCCAAGCAUCUUGCUGGUCAGCGUUCUCAAUCUAGAACUCAAUUUCCGUUCGAGGCCAUUGCCCAUUCCAAAGUACCUACCUACUUUAGACAAUCAAACCCCCUCACUUAUGUCCAUGUCGGUGAUUGGUCAUGA